AUGUUUGCUAGGUUGCGGCCGGGCCGAACCUCCGUGUCGGAUAUACAAAAUGAUUUAAACAUACUAGGUGCUGCAAGUGAAGCACCUACCGACACCUUUCCAAUUGGCGAAAACGACAAUACGUAUUCGAUAUUUGUCUGUCAGUAUUGUCAAAAAGUAUAUAAAACUGAUCGAGGUUUAGCAUUACAUCAGAGAUCGAAGCAUGAUGAAAUCUACCAUGCUUCAAAUGUUCGAAAGGCACGGAAGAAGGCACGUUGGGAUGAUGAGGAACUAGUUCUGCUUGCUAGAGAAGAGAUUCGUCUCACUGGUUUGAAGGUAAAGAACAUCAGUGCUGAGUUAACUCCUUCUCAUCAGGUAGUUUCGUAUUACAUUUCGAUUCAAUUUUUCUAAUAUAAAUAUCUCGGCGAGUAUUUACCCCCCUUUUAAAUAAAUGCCACCAUUGAAAUCCUCACAAUAUAACCUUUCGAACGGGGGGUCAAGUGCCGUCAAAACAUUACACAAACCGAAACAAUCAUAUAUUUAUACUCACCGCUUCGCCAAACAUUCAAACGAGAAAAAGAGAAAAAGUUGAAUAGAUUCUAAACUUUGGCGUCAUUUUCUGAAAGGAUAUAUGUGUAAAAUACUCUUUGUAUUCAAGCGCUUUCGUGUAGAAUGUUUCGUAUGAAUACGGCGAGUAGAAAUAUUUAUUUUGAAUUUUUCAAGGUAUCGGGUUUUACUCGCACGCAAUUGUAUUACGUAAUACUUGGCCAAUAAGGGGCUCCCUUUAGCUGGGAUGACGUCAAACGCACGCGUAUAGGUGCACUUUGACCUGUAGAAUCAAUUUCUGGCAUUUCCAGAGUCACGCGAUACAAACUUCGCAUUGUUUUGACGGUUUUUCGUCGUAUUUCUGGUUGGGAUUAACGCAAAUUCGGAGCACAAAUGCAAAAUUCGGCAAGAAAACUCACAUUUUAAAGAUAGAAACUUGGGGCCGAAGUUAUGUUCGGCGAAAGGUAUGUCUAUGUUUAUAAUUUGUUAGUAAUAUUGUGUAAUUUGAUCAAAUACCAAGCUCGCUUGACUUUCAAAGCUCAUAAAUCGCUACAAUUUAGCCACUGACUAAAACUAUCGUUAUAAAUUAGUGUAUAUUUUUAUACUGAAUCGAAUGGUAGUAUUUUCAUCUACAUAGCGUGCACUGAUCCAAAGAUAUGAACGAAUUACAUCCGUAGAACGUGCACGUUCUACGCGUAAUGGACCCUGCUGAGAAAGAGUUAAUCAAGGUACUGCCACAUCGAACGCUUGAAAGCAUUAAAGGUGUGCGUCGUAAAACAAAUAAACGGUACCACGAUCUUCUUGGCAAACUGAUGACCGAUCCUGCUAGUGUCGUGGAUCCUAAUGGGUAGGCCGAAUCAGUUCGAGGUGGUGCUCCUCCCGAUGGGGUUUUUGACCCUGGAAGGAGUUGGAGAGCUGACGACCAAUCUCUCCAUCUGGAUCAUGAUUCUUGGAUAGCUAAGGUAAGGAACGAAAUUGCUGAUUUCAAGUUUGCUGGCUUGGACGUUGACUUGAUCAAACCUGACUGUCUGUCGGAAGAAGACAAGGAGUUUAUAAACCUUGACUUCGACCAUUGGGUGGAAUCGAUGACUGCACACAAUUGUGCAGAAGUCGUACCACCUGGACCCAAAAGGCGUGGAGGAGUUGGUACCAGAGUAGCAAAGGCGCCUGGUAACGUAUCUCAUGGCGUCACGCGGGAAGGGGAAUCGACGACCGCUACUUCAGUGGGAAUUGUACCCCCGAAUGCCAGGUCCAAUAAGCGUAAGAAACGGAAACGCCCUAAUUCGUCUUGGGGAAGAAGGGCUGCAUAUAAGAGGACGCAAGACCUCUUUCGUAAGAAUAAGUCUCGCUGUGCCCAGGAUAUUCUGAGUGGUAGUUGGGAGCGCCCUAGGAGAGGUCUUCCAUUGGAAGAUCAAGAGCCCUAUUGGCGUGAGAUAUUCGAACAAGAAUCUGUGCAGGACCUUAGAACUCCAGAGCCGUUCGGGCCGGCAUUGUGGGACAUGAUUGACCCCAUCUCCUUGGCCGAGUUAGAGGCCACCAUGAAAGCGAUGAAGCCUGGAGCACCUGGACCAGAUAGGAUGGUUCUGAGUCAGUUGAAGCACCUUAAUGGAGAAGAGCUGAGAGCAAGGUUCAACCUGUGGGUACUGGCGGGUUACUCCCCGACCAGCUGCUGCAUGGACGAAACCAUUUUGCUCCCCAAAGAUCAGAACGACAUCAGACCACCCAAGCAUAGGCCCAUAACAAUGGCCAAUUUAAUUGUAAGGUGCUACCAUAAGUUAAUGGCGAGGAGAAUGGGUGAUCUUAUGCCCAUCUCUGAUAGGCAGAAGGCUUUUCGGGUGGGUGAUGGGCUAGGAGAGAAUGUUUUUCUCCUGCGAGCGAUAAUUAAACACCAUACUAAGGAGUGUUUGCCUCUCAAUGUUGUCUUUCUAGAUAUCUCCAAGGCGUUUGAUUUGGUUUCGCAUCAGUCUAUUCUGAUUGCGGCAAAGAGAAUGGGCGUGCCACCCCCUCUGUUAUCUUAUCUGCACAAAUUUUAUUUGCGCAGUCAAACCCGAUUACGGGUUGGUGGUAAGAAGAGCGAACCAAUUUCGGUAAAGAGGGGUGUUAAGCAAGGUGAUCCGAUGUCGGUACACCUAUUUAAUGCUGUUAUAGAUUGGGCAUUAUCAACUUUGGAUCCCGAUCUUGGCAUUAAAUUCAAUGGUGUAAAUUUAAAUCACCUUGCGUUUGCCGAUGAUAUUGGUCUAUUGACCAAAACAUCGGUCGGUGCACAGAGCCAGAUUGACCAUUUGAAUGAUCAUUUGAAUAAGUGCGGACUGUUUAUAAGCGCAGGCAGUACAGGCAAGUCAGCGUCCUUGAAGAUUGAUGUGGAUGGAAAGAGGAAGUUGUGGGUAGUCAAUCCUAAUGUGCAUCUGCAUGUUGCGGGCGAGGAUAUUCCAGCUAAGUCCAUAGGGGAGACAUAUGAGUAUUUAGGAGUACCACUCUCGGCUAAAGGAGCAAUACCCCAGUCUGCCAACAAACAGCAGAAAUACUUGGAUAACCUAAGUAGGGCGCCUCUGAAGCCCCAGCAACGGCUGUACAUUCUAAAGCAACAUGUUAUUCCAGCAUUGUAUCACCCAGCUGGUGUUAUCUGACUGCUCCAAAGGGCUUCUCACUUUUCUGGAUGCGAAAAUUAGAGGCGCAGUGAAAAGAUGGCUUAAGUUGCCUGAGAAUAAGAACGAUUUCUUUAUUCACGCACCUGUCAUCGAAGGGGGCCUGGGAGUGGCUGUUUUGAAAAAUGCCAUUCUGCUUAUGUGGAAGAGCAGGCUCGAGAAGCUCCUUGGUAGCAGUGAUCCGGCUGUCGCUGCGGUUGCUGGGACUUCCUUUGUUGCGGACAUGCUGCGUAGCAACUCGGUGCCAUUGCAGGUAGCUGGCAUUCCUAUUUGCAAUAAGGAAAAUUUGAAGAGAGCCUUAGCAUAUGGUUUGCAUCGCUCUGUGGACGGCUCUGGUUUGAAUAAGUGCAGUCAGAUCUCCAUCGCAAAUAAAUGGGUGGACUCUCCCACCCACCUAAUAAUGUCAGGUACCAAUUACAUUGGUGCCAUUAAAGUGCGUGGAAACCUGAUGGCUACAGCAGCCAGGAUGGCUAGGGGCCGUCCCCAGCGUGAUGUGGCAUGUGAUGCCUGUGGUCGCACCGAGUCAUUGGGACACAUUAACCAGGUGUGCCCAAGAACCAGCGGUGCCAGGAUUGAUCGACAUAAUUCUGUGCUUGCUAGAACUGUUAAGGUGUUGGUCAAAAAUCAUUGGUCGGUUCUUGUAGAGCCAGCCAUUCCAACACCUGCUGGAAUCAGACGUCCUGACAUCGUUGCUUGGAAGGGCGGGUCAACUUGUUAUGUCAUAGAUGUUACGGUGGUCGCCGAUAACGCUGAUUUAGAUCGGGCACACCAAUUAAAAAUAGAGCACUAUGAUACGCAGCAUGUCCGCGACUGGGCACUUAGGGUGAGUGGAACUGCUUCGAUCACCUUUUCGUCAGUUAGUUUUAACUGGAGGGGUGCCCUGGCAGGUCCAUCGUACCAUUUAUUAAAGAACAGUCUUGCAUUGAGUGAAUAUGAUAUAGCGCUACUGCCAACUAUUGUUAUGGAGAAAGGCUAUCAAACCUGGCUAGAUUUUAAAAGAUCAAUGUUUCGUGCGAGAGGCAGAAACGGAUGA